AUGAGAUCAUUAUCAAGAUCGGAGAAACAAUGUGUCAAAGCACUUUUGUGGCCUGGUUUGACGAGCACAGCAACAGGUCUAUUGAAAUCUUUGAGUGGAUUGACGGGGACACUAACUGGUGGUUCUAGCCCUGUUGCAGGGUUGAGCACUACCUUGAGUGGGUUGACUUCCAGUCUUGGCAAUACGGCCGGUAGCUCUCCACUUAGUCUCCUGGGAGGAAGUGGUUCUCCACUUAGCGCUGUUACUGGCCUUUUGGGCGCAGGUAGUUCUAACCCUGUUUCAGGAUUGGUUAACGAAUUGACCACUACUGUUGGCACUCCUUUGAAUGGAUUGACAAGUGCUUUGAAUUUAGGCCAAACCACCCAAACAGCAGGUGGAAGUGGAGGUGGACUCGUAGGUGGACUCAUAGGUGGCCUACCAAAAACUCUAGGAAAUGUUGUUACUGCAACUGCAAGUACAGUAAAUGCUGUGGUUUCAGGUGUUGUUGCCGCUGUGAAAGCACUACUCUCAAGUAUCUCCUGUGGUUUAACUGAUAUUAUACUGGAAGAAGCCUUAGACACUGUUCAAGCAAUACUUGGCCAAGACUUCAGUCAAUUAACCGGUACCCUUGUUUUUGAUGUCCAAGAACUUGAAUGCUUAGUAAGGAAUGCUACGAAGGCAUUCACCUUUGUGACUUGUACAACUGUUCUAAGUUUGACGCCAUUAUUUGCAAGCUUGGCAAAUUCGUUGAAUUCCUUGGGAACUGUUUUGCAAUCGAACGCUUUGGGACUAUUUGAAGUUCUCGGUUUAAGUGUGAUUACUGCGCUUGGUUAUGCUGUUGCUGAAAUUGUGAACUGUAUUACUAAUGCAGUCGACGCGAUUAUGGCUGGUGUACGCACAAUAACCUCCAAUACAUGUCAAAUUCUCUUUGCAAUUAGUUCUAUCAUAAAUCAUUUGUUGCGAAAUCUAGCAGAUGAUAUUUUGGAUUUGGUCUUUUUACUCGUGAAUUUUCCAGGAAUUUUGGGAGAAAUACCUUUAAUUUCAAUUGUAACGUCUGAGAUGCAAUGUCUAACCAAGUUCCUCAACGUUGGUGUACCUAAACUCUUAAUGCUUCUUGGCCAACUUUUGGCCAGUGUAGGCAAGAAUAUACUUGAUCCAGUCAGCACCGCACUCACCUGUAUCGGUGGAGUUGUGACUAACGCUCUUGAAAUCCUCGCAAUAUUAACUAGGAUCGGAGCUGUGUGCAACUUAAUACCAGUCAUAAAUAUAUUAUUUAAUGGUGCAGCAGCUACUUUCGCCUACGUUUCUACACAGUUCACUUCAUCAGUUACAAGCUUAACCGGUUGAAUUCUUCACUCGAUACAUGUCUGCAUGACUUUCCGCAUUUCUCGACCACACUACAUACGCACACUGAUAACUCUUCGCUUCGUUCAAUUUCACACUUUAUUUAUAUAUUUAUUUUAUUUAUCCUAUCUAUUUUAAUUUUCAAUUCUUCGUUUUCAAUUUUUCUUUUUCUUUCUAUUUUUUCCCCUUUUUUCUGCACUUUCAUCUUCAUAUUAGAAUUUUAAUUGGAAUUAUUUCAAUAAAAGUAACUAUUAAGCGCAU